AUGAUGAUAAAAUGCAUGGUAAUCAUUUGUCAUGGUUUGUCUAGAUGGGGAUGGGCUGUAGUAUCUCCACUUACAUUGUACACUUAA